CUCAAGAAUGCUCUGUCAGCUUGUCGGGAAGUUUAGACAGCUCAAUUUAUACAGUACCCGACCCCGAUUUGAGUCAACCUAUUGAAACCAGUGUAUUCAACAGUUGUCACCUUAAUCGAAAUUUUACCUAUCUUGAUUGUAAUGGAGAAUGGCAACAAAUUCAAGAUGCACACUAUGGAUUUGAACUAGUGCCAAACUUUAUUUGGCGUAGUGUAUAUGAUCUACAUAGCCUUGAGGAGACAAAGUUUGACGACUUCUCGCCAUCAAUACGAGGGAAAAUCAUCACUUUGAGAAUUUCAUGUACUAGAAAGGAUUACUGUGUGGUACUAAAAGUGAGAGGAAAACUCAAAUGUCCAUUUAUAAACCCAACAACAGUCAAACCAACAUCGCAAUACUCAGGUACUGUGGGUAAUCAAUCUGGCAAGGAUAACAGCGGUGUGAUUGGAGGUGCAAUAGGAGGCGUAAUCAUCUUAUUGGUAGCAGUGGUAUUGAUUGUAUUGGUAAUGGCAAUCAGAAGGAAACGUGCUGCAAACAUUGGCAUUCAGCCAGAGACAUCUCAUAGCGCACUUGGUAUGUACAUGACAGGCCGCCAAACAUUUUUCAUCAUUGAAGGCAGUUAAUCCAGAC